UAAUUUAAUUUAAUUUUAUUCUAUUCUAAUUUCAGUUGAGUUCAGCUAAUAAAAAAACUAUAGAAAUAGUUUGAAAACUUACCUCAUUUGCCCAAACUGCGUCAAUACGAUGGUGACCAUGCCCCCAAAGAAGUACCAGAUCCACCGGAGUUGUAUCAAUUGUCACAGGCAGUGGUCUCAUCGAACAAGGGUCCAUAAGCCUAAGAGCUGGAAAAAAAAAUUUAAUUAGAACAUAAAAAAUUAGAAAAAAAACUUGUCGCCGGCUAUGCGAAUCCGACCACCCCCGGCGAGAAUCCGGCCACCUCCGGGGAAAAACUACCCCUGUAGCGGUCGCCGCCGCCGCCACCAUGACGCUGACCUCACCGCCCUCUGCCCCUUCCUCUGCCGGGGUCGGCUUGCUCGUCGUCGGACAUGGAUGCGGGGAGAAAACCAUAUCCGUGCGGGGAAGAAGGAAAGUGACGGCGCUCUGGGCAAGGCGCCUUCGUCCGAGUCCGGGCGCGGCCGCCUGAGACUGCGGUGUUGCCCUCCCUUCUCUCGACGCUACCGUCGUUGUUGGGCGUGGGGUUGGGGUUGGAUGGGGGUGAGGGUCGACUGCGGGGUGUGUGUCUCGGGCGAGAGUGAGUGUGGUGGGAAGAAGUUAAGAAGAAAACAAAGAAAGGAGCGACGACGUCUGAGUCUCAGGCGUUGACGCUAUUUAAAUUUUCGAAAAUUUCAAACAGCCAGCGCUUGAGUCUCGGGUAGGUGCGCUGUCAACUUGAUGGAAAAGACGAAAAAAGCGCCAGCGCCUGAGUCUCGGGCGUGAUCGCUGUAAACCUACAAAAAAACACAAUAUAUGUGUCAAUUGUUUUUAAAUCGCCAUAUUGAUGGUCAAUUUAAAAAAAAAGACAAUAUUUAUGUCAUUAACCCUUAUUUAUUUCAUAUAAAAAAUAUCAAUAUCAGGAUUUGAACUCAGAUCUCUUUAAACAAAAACAACAAUCACAACCAAUAUGAACAUUCUGGCCAACGGGCCGGGUUAUAAGCUAGUAUAUAAUAGCAGGAAGGGCAAAACUGUUGCUCCAUUUCAAACUAGCUUAUAACCCGGCCCAUUGGCCGGCAUAUUCAUAUUCAAUUAUUUAUAUUUUCAUGUUACAUUUACAUCUAUCAAUCCGUUUAAUUUUAUUGACAAUCUUUCAAUUGAGAUCUACAUAACGUUUUCAUACUCAAGGUAUGCGGGACCCCGAAUUUCACCCGGGGUACCGUAGAACUCCCCAUAUAUAAAAAUAUAUAUAUAUAUAUAUAUAUAUAUAUAUAUAUCGAACAUUUGGAGAAAUAUCAUCAUCAUUUAAGAAUAUAAAAUAUAAAAAUGU